UGCUCUAUGCCAUCCACUCCAGUCGCCCAUCAGCAGUCCAGCUAGUCCAGUCAACAACGGAGCUGAAAUUUUUAUUAUUUUUGAUGAAAAUAUUCAGUUUUUUUCGAAAAUAAUUUGAAAAUCGUUGCUAAAACUUGGUCCGCUUCUCACACCGAAGUUUAUACCGGAUCGCUACUUGAUUCGAGUUAUAGUUGGGUCGUGUAUUUUGAUUUGUUUUCGUGUUUAUUUUUUAUGCGCUGCGCAAAUUUACAUAAUUGAUUUCAAUCAAUAAUUAGUCAAGUUUGCUUGUUGACGCUGUUGAUUGAACCGUGAUGGAGCAGUUGGUGGAUAUCCACUUAUCAAAAGUUGGGGGUUUUACAGUAUCAGAACUUGGGAAAGGAUAAACGAGACUUUAGAAAGAGCGACCCGUCAAGUUUUUUAGUGCACACAAAAUUAAAUAGUAUACGCAAUCAAGCCCGAACGAAACCGAACCAGUAUUAUUUCAAUUGUUUUUUAAUACACCGUGAUUAAGAAAAAUAGUUGUGAUUUGCGAUCUGACUCGACCUGUCUGCGCCAAGCAAGAUGUCGAUGCCACCUCCCUCCACGACGCCAUCGCCACCCCCACACGCCCAUCCGCAUUCUAAUCCCCUCACUCCUUCAGGAUCCUCGUCCGGGCUGAGUUCACUGAUUGGGUUGAGUCACCACGGUGGACCACACUCCCACUCGGUCCCUCCAUCGCCGGAUCACACCCUUGGAGAAGGGGACGAAGCAGUACAAGCUACCAAUGACGACGCCUCCAUUUGCAAACGGUCUGCCAUCCAGCUAGGAUAUUGGAACGACCCCUUCCUUCAGUACUUUAUGAGGGGACCUGUGAUUCGAAAACCUCCCGAGAUCAAUAGGGGCUACUAUGCCAGAACUUACGGAGUGUAUAGGCUGAUACUCAAGACUUUAGAGAAGAUUGCGACAUCGGAUGUGGUAUAUAUUCCAAAGGCUGGUCCUGGUGAGGGGAAUAGAAGUAGGAGUAACUCUGUUUGUGAGACGGAAGUCCAAAUCAUCAAUUUGGGUUGUGGCUUUGACACGCUGUACUGGCGGUUGAAACAUGAUCGACAUAUUCGUGAAAAAUGGAGCAAGAUAAGGAUCUCGUCAUUCGUGGAUGUCGACUUUCCUACCACAACGAUGAAGAAGGUGCACAACAUAAAGAAUACAAUGGCUUUGUUGGCAGUUCUCAACAAUGAUGACGGAGAAAUUAGCAUUAGCAAGUAUGAACUUAAUGCGUUCGACUACCACGUUGUUGGCAUUGACUUACGAGAUGUGGAUCAGCUUGGACCCAAGCUACAAAGUUGUGGAAUCAAAUUCGAUCUCCCCACAAUCUUUAUUGCAGAGUGUGUUCUAGUCUACAUGGAUCCCAAGGCGUCAGCUAGUUUACUUAAGUGGAUUAAUGAUCAUUUCCGAACCUCGCUGUUUCUGAAUUAUGAACAAGUUAAUAUGACGGAUCGAUUCGCAGAAGUUAUGCUAAACAACCUUAAUUUGAGGGGAUGUCGUUUGGCUGGUGUCGAUUAUUGUAAAGACUUAACCUCGCAGAGGCAAAGAUUCACCGAUUGUGGCUGGCAAGGAGUAAAGGCAUGGACGAUGAAUGACGUUUACGCGUCUAUAGCUCCGAAAGAAAUCGAACGAAUAGAAUCCAUCGAGAUGCUUGACGAGCACGAAUUAUUGAAGCAACUAUUUGAUCACUACUGCAUAGUUAUAGCGUACAAUGACGCCAUGACGCUAAGUAUCGAUUCAGUUGAGCUGAAGGAAUUUGAAUGAUUGAUUAUUGAAAUUUAAUUGAUGUAACGGUAGAAGACAAGACCACAUGUAUGUAUUACAUAGUCAGGGCAAAAAAUUAAUAGCAAAUAUCUGUCUAUAAAAAUCACUCGUGCAUUUUCUUGAUAAUGUGUCAAAUCAAAGAACAAAGAGGUAAAUUUUAGUGUAUUUCUAACAAUGCAUCGCUAUAAAAAACAAAAAGUACACAUUAUAAUAUAUAUUAUACAUAUAUAUCUUACUGUAAACUCAACGUGCUACGAAUAUUGAUUUAAUUACUUGUAAUUUUAUUUACGAAUGUAAGCUUUGUAUUAACUUUCAGUGGUUUUGUGGAAUGGAAACAAUAAUAUGUUCGUUUCGCUCGCUGAUAAUAAUGUACUUUGCACGAUCAUCACACAUUUUCGUUUAAAUUAAUACCAUUAGAAAUCAUCACUUGUCGUUAGUUCUAAUUAUGAUUGCUCCAAUCUUGUGAGAAUUAUGGUACUGUCGCCAGAACUCUAACAAGAUUUGAGUAAUAAUUGGUAGUAUUACUUUAGAUUGUUGACGUAGAAAAACCGCAUCAUAAUCAAUGUCUUGUUACUAGUAUGCAUUACAAUAAUAGUGUCACGUAUCCGUAUUCGUAAAUCAUUAUUAUAGUCUCUCGCCAUUUAUUCCUGUUAUUAUUGGUGUGCUGGAUGUUACAUUACUUAUUUUGAAAUGAUUUGAUAUUCAGUUUUGACUGGUACUGAAAUAUUCACAUUAAUUAGUGGAAUGUAAUAAUAAGGACAGAAUGUCUUUUGAUGUAGUUUCCAAACUCCUCUCCACGUAGUACACGAAACUAGAAAUAGAAAUAUACCUUUAACCGGUAAUACAAUGGUCCUACUCUUGGUUAGUAAUGUCACUCACAAUAUUAUUAUUGCAGCCAAGAAGAAAUUAUAACAACAGCUAGCUAAAAACCAAACCGUUCAUGACUUUUGAUUCCAACAUCUAUGUGUGUCCGAGUCUAUAUAUUUACUGCACUCAUUAUACAUGUAUUAAUUAACUGAACAAGAAUAAAUAGUAUUUAAUGUCCGUAAUGCAAUUAAA